CCUCCCCAAAAUUCCGCUUCCUUUCCUCUCAGCUUCCAAGUUUCAAUAGUCAAGGUUCUAGGGUUCCCAAUCCCCAUGGAGGCGCCUCCACGCGGCACCUUCUCCUCCCGCGCGUUCUCGGCGGCCUACCUGGUUGCGACGGCGGCGCCUCCGCGGGUCCGCUUCGCCGCGCUCUACCUGCUCCUCGGCGCGCUCUGGGUGGCCAACGCGAGCACAAUCGCCAAGGCCUUCGAGCGCUGCUUGGGCGUGGACUGCUUCAUCUUGGAGAGAGAGUGCCGCCUCUCCCUCGCGUUCCCGGUCGUUGGCGCCAUGUCGCUGUUCCUGCUGCGCGGGCACUGGCGCAGAUUGUCCCAAGCCCGCGAGGAUGCUGUUCGAGCUCAGGUUGGCCUUCCUCCCGAGGGGCCUGCCCAGGAACCUGGACGCGCUUGCCCUCCUGUUGCCAAUAUGGGCCACCGGACCGAUUUCGACAUGCAUCUUGCCGUCUGUGUCUUCGCCGCAUGGGUGGUCCUUGGUCUUCAGGGUAUGAUGUAUCGGCUGCUCUCGCCUGAGAUGGGGUCUCCUCUGGCUUUGCUUGGCAACAGCUUGACCAAACUUGGAUGCCUCGGCGCUGCCUAUGUCUGUUGCCUUCUGGUGAUUCCCUGCAUCAUGCUCAGAUUGAGACAUGGCUCAGAUGGAUAAGGGCGGCGUCUUAAUGCACAGGCUGUCUUGAGUUUCAGGGCUGUGAUCUAACUUUUCCAUCGGAGAUACAGUACAAUUGAGGGCCUUUUUGCUGCAGCGAGCAUCAUGGUUAAGAUUGCUAAUGACUGGAGUAACGGAGUGAGAUAUUUUAUGUACGGUGGUGUUGUUUCUCUUCCGAAAUUUAUCUGGAUAUGCCUAGGGUGAUCAUGUGGCUAACUUACCAUUGCUGAAAACAUAUAUACCUAGAUACUGGAAAUCCGGAACUUAUCUGGGUAUGCCUAGGGUGCUGUAUCAAAUAUGGCUAGCUUAGAACGGCUGAAACUGCUAAAAGUCCAAAACUGCUCCAGUGAUUGUACUGCGGUCGCGUCACCCUACUUCCCAAGAAACUAUCGUCAAUGGGGAAGUGUAUGUUUUAUGCAGAGAUUUGUGUUCGGUUGUA